GUAAUGCAUUGAUUAAUUUUCAAACUCUGGUAUAUUCGCGUUAAGAUGCAUUCUUUUGAAACAACUCAGUCUAAUGUCCCAGCUUUCUUAGUGAAGCUGUGGAAAUUAGUUGAAGAUACGUCGUGCGAUGAUUUGAUUGCAUGGAGCGAUAACGGUACAAGUUUUAUUAUUCGGGAUCAAGCAAAGUUUGCCAAAGAAUUACUACCACAAUACUUCAAACAUAAUAACAUGGCUAGCUUUAUUCGUCAACUAAAUAUGUAUGGCUUUAGAAAAGUCAUGAAUUAUGAAAGAACAAGCAUACGAGGUGAGAGUGAUGAAAUGGAAUUCAUGCACUCAUUCUUUUGCAAAGGACAAGGCUCUCUUCUAGAACUUAUAAAAAGAAAGAUUCCGAACACAAAAGUUGCUGAACCACCCAUUAAAUCAAAUGCAAAAGAUAUUUUAACAGACCUUACAUCAAUUAAAGAAAAGCAAGAAACUAUGGACAAUAUGCUUUUGAAAAUGAAACAAGAAAAUGAACUUUUAUGGCGAGAAUUGACCAGCAUGAGGCAAAAACAUAAAGCCCAAGAGCAAAUAAUUCAAAAACAACAACAACAACAACAACAACAACAAAUGAUAUUCGUCGAAUUUGUCGUACAACCACCACCAGAACAAGGAGAGCAAAUCGAAUCUUUGAGUGCUACCAAUGACGUUCUUUCAUCAUCAUCAUCAUCAUCUUUCACCAUGUAUGAUCAGAUAUCUCCUGUCACGAAUGACGUUCCUUUAACAUCAACAUCGGUCACCAUGUACGAACCGAUAUCUCCUGCUAACAUCACGGAAGACGUUCCUUCAACAUCAUCUUCGAUCUCCAUGUACGAACCGAUAUCACCUACUAAUAAUAAUAAUAAUGCUACGGAAUACGGAUCAAGUCUAGAAUUUCAACCCAAAACACCACUAAUAGAUUUGUCUAUAUUUUCGGAAGACUGGUUGAAUGGUGAUGACAUCGAUUUUAACAAUCUUGAUAUUAUUAAUUUUUGA